CCUGCAGAUCCCAACUUUGCCACACAGUCUGAUGUUAUGCGGGACAUAGGCAUAGAAAUGUUAGACCAUGCAUUUGCAGGUUACAAUGUGUGUAUCUUCGCCUACGGCCAGACUGGGGCUGGCAAGUCCUACACGAUGAUGGGCAAGCAAGAGGAAGGACAUGAGGGCAUUAUUCCUCUCAUUUGUAAAGACAUGUUUAAGAAGAUUGCAAAUUGUACAGAUGAUGAACUCCAGUACUCAGUUGAGGUGAGCUACAUGGAAAUCUACUGUGAACGUGUACGAGAUUUACUCAACCCAAAGACCCAGAACCUCCGAGUCCGUGAGCACCCCCUUCUUGGACCCUAUGUUGAAGACUUAGCCAAGCUUGCUGUCACAACUUUCGAUGAUAUCAACAAUCUUAUUGAUGAAGGCAACAAAGCAAGGACUGUUGCUGCCACAAACAUGAAUGAGACAUCUUCUCGCUCCCAUGCUGUAUUCACCAUGGUCUUAACACAGCGACGCAAUGACAGCACAACCAAACUCACAACUGAACGUGUUUCUAAGAUAUCCCUAGUAGAUCUGGCUGGUUCCGAGCGUGCAGAUUCCACAGGAGCCAAGGGGACACGCCUCAAAGAGGGUGCCAAUAUCAACAAAUCCCUAACAACACUUGGAAAAGUUAUCUCAGCUCUUGCAGAAGUCACUUCAAAACCUAACAAGAAGAGGAAAGCAGAAUUUAUUCCUUACCGUGACUCUGUGCUGACAUGGCUGCUGCGUGAGAACCGAGGCAAGCAAAACAUGGUGGCAGCAAUAUCCCCAGCUGACAUCAAUUAUGACGAAACCCUUUCAACUCUAAGGUAUGCAGAUCGUGCAAAGGCCAUCCGUUGCAAUGCUGUUGUCAAUGAAGAUGCCAAUGCCAAGCUAAUUAGGGAGCUGAAGGAGGAGAUUCAGCGUCUCCGUGAGCUGCUGAAACAAGAAGGCAUCGAGGUGCAGGAAGCGGGCACGGAGGGUGAAAAGGUCAUCUACAACAAUGAAAACCGCCCCGCUGACUUGGGGCCAUGCCAAGAGAUUACCAAGGUCAUGAAUAGCAACAAUGGGAAGGAAACCCCCCAGAUCACGUCACCUGUGUCCACUGUUGCUGACAUGGCUGUGGACCAGUUGCAGGCCAAUGAGAAGCUUAUUGCAGAACUGAAUGAGACAUGGGAAGAGAAAUUGAAACGUACAGAAAGCAUACGUCUUCAAAGAGAGGCUGUAUUUGCUGAAAUGGGUGUAGCACUGAAGGAAGAUGGAAACACUGUCGGCAUCUUCUCUCCAAAGAAGACUCCUCACUUGGUGAAUCUCAAUGAAGAUCCGUCAAUGUCAGAGUGUUUACUCUACUACAUUAAAGACGGCUUUACCAAAGUUGGUUCUGCUGAGUCAAACAUUCCGCAGGAUAUACAGCUCUAUGGUGCUCACAUAAUGCCAGAACAUUGUCAGUUUGAGAACAAUGAAGGUGUUGUGUUGAUACACCCUUGCCCUAAGGCAAUGUCAUAUGUCAACGGUCGUGAGGUGGUGGAGCCCACUGUUUUGAAAACAGGCUCUCGUGUCAUUCUUGGCAAAAACCAUGUGUUUAGGUUCAAUCACCCAGAGCAAGCUCGUGAGCGCCGAGAAACAAAAUCCCCAGCAGAGACACCAGGUUCGGGUGAGCCUGCAGACUGGCAGUUUGCCCAGAUUGAGCUCUUGGAAAAACAAGGCAUUGAUCUGAAGGAGGAGAUGCAGAAGCGACUGGUGGCUCUCGAAGAACAGUUCCAGCGUGAGAAGGAAGAGGCACAAAAAGAAUUUGACAAGGAGAGAAAGAACUACGAGGCCCGGAUUGAUGCCCUCCAGAAGCAAGUGGAGGAGCAGAGCAUGACCAUGUCCAUGUACUCAUCUUACACACCAGAUGACUUCACCCACGAAGACGACAUCUUUGUAAACCCCUUGUUUGACGCAGAGUGCAACUGGACGGAACGGGAGUAUGCCUUGGCCUCCUGGGCCUUCCGCAAGUGGAAGUACCACCAGUUCACCUCCCUCCGAGACGAUCUUUGGGGCAACGCUAUCUUCCUCAAGGAAGCCAAUGCCAUCUCGGUUGAGCUCAAGAAGAAGGUUCAAUUCCAGUUCACCCUGUUAACUGACACACUAUAUUCUCCACUGCCUCCUGACUUCCUUCCAUUACUAGAGGAAGAAGAAGAGGAGGAUGAGGAAGACCGCCCAACUCCACGCACGAUUGUUGCAGUUGAGGUUCAAGACACAAAGAAUGGAGCUACACACUACUGGACACUUGAAAAAUUAAGACAUCGUUUGGAGUUGAUGCGUCAGAUCUACAACUCUGACGUGAGUCCAUGCUCUCUGUCACCCUCCCCACCACCGGAGCGACAAGGGGAAGAGGAGUUGCAAACCUGCAUACCAGCGUGUAACCAGGCCAGACUCUCCCUGUCCCAGCUGCUGCCUGCCAGGCUCAUCAACACCCGCAUACAACGGCUGGAAUUGAUGAGAGAGAUGUAUCACAAUGAAGCAGAACUUUCACCUACCUCACCAGACUACAACAUUGAAAAUCUAACUGGAGGAGACCCAUUCUAUGACCGCUUCCCUUGGUUCAGGCUUGUGGGCAGGGGUUUCCUGUAUUUGAGUAACCUCCUGUACCCUGUGCCACUGGUACAUCGCGUUGCUAUUGUUAAUGAACGAGGUGAUGUUAAGGGAUAUUUGAAGGUUGCUGUGCAAGCAGUUGUAGCUGAAGAAGAUGCUGUGGAAACGACACAACCAGCGGGGGUGCGGCAAAGUGCUCGCAUAUCAUUCAAUGACGGAUCAUUCAAGAGACCGCGAACAAAACGGGGUUCCCUCUCAGCUCAGGUACUCGAGAAAAAUACAGCUGCAGCAGCUGAGGAAGAACGCAUAGUUGAGGGUCAGGUUGCUCCGGGAGACACCAUAAAGAUCGAAGAUGAAGUGUGUGAAGUAGACAGUGGUAGGGGCGACAGCAGUGUCAGUUCCUGUGAAAGCUUAAAAGAUGAAGACCUUCCACCUCACCUGCGCAUUGGCCAAGAGUUUACUUUCCGUGUGACUGUGCUUCAAGCCUUUGACGUGUCAACAGAGUAUGCAGAUAUUUUCUGCCAGUUCAACUUUUUGCACCGCCAUGAUGAGGCCUUCUCUACAGAGCCCAUCAAGAACACUGGUAAAGGACCUCCACUCGGAUUUUAUCAUGUGCAGAAUAUUACUGUGACAGUAACACGAGCCUUCCUGGAAUACGUUAAAACCCAACCCAUUGUAUUUGAAGUCUUUGGACACUACCAACAGCACCCUCUCCAUCGAGAUGCUCGGCAAGAUGCCACGCAUUUCUUACCCCCUGGCCUGGUCCCUCCCGGCAGCUCCAGAGGCCCUCCAAAGAGGAUGCAGCCGCCUGCCAUCCCCAUCAGUCAGCCCGUGCGCUCACCCAAGUUUGGCGUCGUGCAGAGCCCAUCUACCUCCCACGUGCAUGCGAGACAUGACCUCCUCGUGUGGUUCGAGAUCUGCGAACUAGCACCGAAUGGAGAGUACGUCCCAGCAGUGGUAGAGCAUGGAGACGACCUGCCUUGUAGGGGACUUUUCCUCCUACAUCAGGGUAUCCAACGUCGAAUCCGAAUCACCAUCGUGCAUGAAAACUCUCCAGACUUGAUCUGGCGAGAUGUUCGAGAAUUGGUUGUGGGUCGCAUACGCACAACCCCAGAGAGUGAGGAUGACGACAACGAUACCUCAGUAUUAUCUCUGGGUUUGUUCCCUGGAGAAUACCUGGAGUAUCCUGGGGAGGAUCGCACUCUCUUCCGUUUUGAGGCUGCCUGGGAUUCAUCACUCCACAAUUCCGUCUUGUUGAAUCGCGUUACACCACAUGGAGAGCAUGUCUACAUGACUAUAUCAGCAUACCUUGAGUUGGAAAACAAUGCCCAACCAGCUAUCAUCACAAAGGACCUGUGCAUGGUUGUAUAUGGUCGGGACUCUCGAACCAUUCCUCGGUCUCUGCGUCACUUAUUCAGUGGAUCCUAUAAGAAUGCUGAGGCAAACAGGAUCUGCGGAGUUUAUGAGACUGUGCUGAAGCGCGCAGCUGAAGCAGGUAGCCCAGGCUUACAGCGACGACAGCGACGGGUCCUGGACACCAGCUCCACGUAUGUCCGUGGCGAAGAAAACCUGCAUGGUUGGAGGCCACGUGGAGACUCCCUCAUCUUUGAACACCAGUGGGAGCUUGAGAAGAUCACGCGCUUGACCCAAGUGGAGCGCACACGGCACUCCCUCCUCCUGCGGGAAAAACUUGGCCUCGGAAAAACUCCCAUCCCUUAUAGCCACCACCAUGAUUACACCAAGAGUGAAAAGCAUCCUAACCAACUUCCUCGUAUGCAGGAGGUGGCUAAUCAAGCAGCCAAGGCCGGUUGUGACGCGCGUGCUGUAUUGGCACGCUGUUCCUCCAGAGACUUGCCCUCAACAGACUCUGAAAACAUGAGCGAAGCAGAGAAGGAUACAGCAUCCAAAUUCAUUAGGCUUAUGCAGGGCCGAUCCGCACAGACACAUGCUAAGCAAGGAACUCCAGCACAGACACCUAAUGAUGAGCAAGAUGCCCUCACUACCUCGGUCACCUCUUCCUGCUCUUCCACGACCUCUACAGAACUGGCCUCUCCCGAGCGGCCUCGAGCACCAGUUCCAGACCUCCAUAUCUCCCUUGGGGGAUCAGCUGUUGUGCCCCCAGGCUCUCCUUUGGCCAGUCCUGGGGACUCACAGGGCUCAUCUCCCCUGGUGGAACGCCGACCAAUGCCACUCUUCGUGCCAGAAGUUGAGGAAAUCCGUAUAUCUCCUGUGGUCAGUCGGAAGGGCUAUCUUAAUGUCUUAGAUGACCGCACCAACAAUUGGAUCAAAAGAUGGGUGGUGGUAAGGCGACCCUACGUCUUUAUCUUCCGAGACGAGCGUGACCCAGUAGAGCGUGGCUUGAUCAACCUUGCCACAGCUCAGAUUGAAUAUUCUGAGGACCAACAGGCCAUGGUGCGAGUGCGCAACUCCUUCAGUGUGGUGACAAAACAGCGAGGCUUCCUUCUCCAGACGCUCGGGGACAAAGAAGUGCACGACUGGCUUUAUGCUAUCAAUCCACUCCUGGCAGGGCAGAUCAGAUCAAAGCUUGGUCGCCGUAGCCGCCACACAUCUGGAGGAAGCCACCCCAAUACACUCUCUGUACCUACAAAGUGAGAAAUGGACAAUCCCAGGUAUAAGCAAAGCCUCAGCCACUGACUUCUUCAUCAGUCUCUGACCUCUUCAACAACCUAAUCUUUUCAUGAGCCUCCUGAUACAUUGGUCACAGUAUCAACCCUGCUGUUGGAAAUAUCAGUGUAUUAUCUGUUUGUGUAAAAAAAAAUAAUUAUUAUUAUGAUAAUAAAGAGGGUAUUACAGCAUUUAUACAGAGCUCCAUAGACUGGAGUUAGUUCCUUCCUUGUAUAUUAUAGGGACAAUACAAUCUGGUUAUCAUGUUUCAUUAACAUUUAAGAGAUACAUAAUGAGGAGGUCCUCUCAUCAGACCCUCCCACCUGACUGGUCUUUUCUUCAGAAACUUUCCCUUAAAGUAUGUAGUAGGAGCCAAUGAAUGUCAUAAUUGCAUAUACAUUAUGAGAGGUAGAAUGUUUUCUGGAAUAGUGUGAAAUGAUCUGGUAACAGUUGCACGGUUCUGUUCUCUAGUCCCUAAGAUGACAAUACUUUAUAAAGAAUGAUUGAGCUUGCAGACACCACUGCAUCCAACCAUUUACUCUUGCAGUGUCUGCUGUGUUCCUUCCAAAUGUUCAGCAUACCAGGGUGGACAGUUAUUUCACUAACCCAGUUGUAUGUCCCAUGUGCUUGCCUGUUGCUUCUUAUUGUACACGGGCUCUACCAGCAUCACCCUUAAUUGUGGUCAUUACUAAUUAUAGUAGACUCAUUAGCAUUGCAAGAUAUAUCAUGAAGUUUAAUAAUUUAAGGUGUGACAAACCUUAUUUUAUGUUACUUGUGUAUAUGUUCAUAAAAAAGGAAAAAAAAAAUCACAAGUGGAGUGAAAUGCAGCUUACCAACAAGUAUAUGGGAGCCAAUAGUCCUGUUGCUCACUAGUGACACUUUCUGAAGGGGACUGAAUCUGUGUGCUCAUCACUCUCAUGAGACCUGCUAUUUGCUGUAUAUUUUUGUCUUAUAGGGGUUUAUGUAUGACAUACUUUUCUUCCAUAUAGGAGUUUUUGUAUGUCAUAGACAGUUUCCUUUUAGGAGCUGCUGUAUGCCUUAUUCACCUUAAUGCUAGAGUUGCUCUGACAUACAGUUUCCCUGUAGGACUAUCUGUAAAAUGUAUACAUCUUAAAUGAUUUGCAUUACACUAUACCAACCUUGUCAAAGUGAACCUAUGGUGUUUGCAUAUCCAUGAUAAGAGCAUAUGUUUCCUGAAUGUAUCUUCCUCUACUGAAUUCUUGUAACAAUGAUAAGCAUUACUUUAUUAUGAUGCAGAUGUGGUAGAAGAUUUACCAAAGGUAGUCCGCGAGCAAGACGGGAACUGAUAUAUCCCUCUUAAGAUGAUUCUCAUGUAUAUGUCAGAAUUUCAACCUCAAUAUAGUUUGAGAUAUUACACUGAAAAUAAAUACAUUCCAAGGAGGUAGACUUA